CUCCCCGGCUCAGUGUCUCCCACACAGGCUGCAACGCCGGGCGGCUCAUGUCCCCACGCCGGGCGAACCCAGCCUGCGUCCCGGCCCCCCUCCCGGCCCCGGGUUGGUCCACGGGGGCGCUGCGCUGCUGAGCCGAAGGACUGGUCGCUGCUCGCCCGAUCCCAGCGCUGCCGAGGCUGGGCGGCCGGUGCCGGGGACCGGAGAGGAGCCGGGGCUGGGGCUGGGGGGGGGGAAAGAGGCGCCCCGGAGCCCGCGCCCGCCCCCCAAGAUGCGAUGGGGGGUCCUCCUGCUGCUCGCCCUGCUGCGCGAGGCCGCGGGGGAAGCUCGCGGCAGGCUGGAGGCAGGACACCUCCAUGGCCACUCCUUGGAGCGGGGAACAGGGACAAAGCUGCUGGGCUGGAGGCGGAAGUCUCGGGAGAGUUUGCUGGAGACCGACGGAACCCGCAUCAGCCAGGACCUGGUAGGAGGUAGCUUGGCCAUUGACACCCUGCCGGACAACGAGACGCAGAUUGUGGAAGACAACCAUAGCUACUACAUGUCACGGUUCUACGGGCCGGGGGAGGCGCGCAUCAAAGAGCUCUGGAUCGACGUGGCAGCAGCCAACAGGAGCCAAGUGAAAGUCCAUGGGAUCCUGUCCAACACUCACAGGCAGGCCUCGAGAGUCAUCCUGUCCUUUGACUUUCCCUUUUAUGGCCAUCACCUGCGGCAGAUCACCAUAGCGACAGGAGGUUUCAUCUUCAUGGGGGAUGUCAUUCACCGCAUGCUCACAGCCACCCAAUACAUUGCGCCCCUGAUGGCCAACUUCAACCCCAGCUACUCCCGCAACUCCACCAUCAAGUACUUCGACAACGGGACGGUGUUUGUGGUGCAGUGGGACAAGGUCUAUCUUCAUGGGAAGGAGGACAUCGGCAGCUUCACAUUCCAGGCCGCUCUGCACAGCGAAGGGAGGAUCGUCUUUGGGUACAAGGAGAUCCCCAUGUCGGUCCUGGAGAUCAGCGCCACGCAGCACCCUGUCAAAGCCGGCCUGUCUGAUGCUUUCAUGCUCCUCAACCCUUCCCCUGACGUUCCAGAGUCUCGCCGCAGGACGAUCUACGAGUACCACCGCGUGGAGUUGGACACCAGCAAGGUCACCAGCGUGUCGGCCGUGGAGUUCACCCCACUGCCCACCUGUCUCCAGCAUCAGAGCUGUGACGUGUGCGUGACCUCGGAGCUGACUUUCAACUGCAGCUGGUGUCAUGUCCUACAGAGAUGCUCCAGUGGGUUUGACAGAUACCGUGAGGAGUGGCUGUCACAUGGCUGUGGCCAAGAGUCGGACAAGAGGACCUGUGAGGAUUGGGCAGAGAGCGACCACUACUCACCGUCCCCAAACAGCCCCUUCAUGUCAUUUGAUGAAGAUGUCACUACCUCCUCUCUUUUCAUUGGCAGCCUCACCACGGAAGAUGACACAAAGCUGAAUCAGUUUGCAGGUGGGGAUGGAGUGAGAAAUGACCUUCCCACAAAGACAUCCGGAGCCCCGAUUCACACUGGGACCAUCGUGGGGAUAGUCCUGGCCAUCCUGCUCAUUGCAGCCAUUAUUCUUGCUGUAAUUUACAUCAGCAGCCACCCCACCUCCAAUGCUGCCUUGUUCUUCAUUGAGCGAAGACCACACCACUGGCCAACCAUGAAGUUCCGAAACCACACCAACCACACAACAUACUCUGAGGUGGAUCCUGCUGGCCAUGAGAAGGAGGGCUUUGUGGAAGCAGAACAGUGCUGAGCACAUUCCUUUUCCUUCCCCGCCCCCACAACCUCCCUUGUCUUCAGGGUUAGAGUCUCCUGUUGUUCUACUGCAUACUCUCUCCUCUGUCUGGAAAGGAACAGGAACCAGAGGAAAAAGACCCAGUGGAGCAUUGAAAAAGAAUGAAUCAGGGCACUGCAAAGAUGUGACUCUGCAGGACUUCUCUGGAAACAGCAGAGCCUGAAGCAGGGGCAGUGCAUUAUAAUGUCAGUCUGCCUGCAGUUUGGUGCCAGAGCCCUGGGGGUGUCAAUAGGGAAAGCUGCAGUCGAGUUAGGGGUUUUUUGUGUAGCGUUGACUUCUUCCCUCCCACCUCAGGCAUCUAAGAUGAGCAGUUCCCAAUCUGGGCCCGCAUCCUUUCCUCCUCCACUCAUCAUUCCACCCCACUGCUUUGAACCCUACCCAUCUCAAGCUAAUAGCUCUCCCUCUCUGUCCAGGGAACAAAGCAGAUCUGGCCGUUCUAAGGCUCAUGCUCUGUAAAGGAUUCACCUUCAGUGGCACUUCUGCAAUCACCUGUCCUUUCUGGUCGGUCAUAUUAUUUUGCUGAUGCCCCUGAGGGAGAUGUGGGGGUGGGUGAGAGACCUCAGAUCCCUUCCUCCAAACCCAGGUUGUUUUCUACUCUCAUCACAGCUACCAAACCAGAUCAGAUUACAAUGGGAGAGGGUGGGGAAAGAACAUUAUGGAAAAUGUUCUCCCAGAGUUAAAACCUGAAGUAAACUCAAGCAAAUUUUUCACUGAAGUCAAUGGAAGUUUCACCUUAGUGAGGACAGAGAUCUAGAGAUUGAACUCAGUUGCACUGUCAUAAAUUCUGAGUAACUCUAUUGGAAUCAAUGCAUCUAAAGCCUGAUCCAAAGUCCAUUGCAGUCAAUGGGAGUCUUUCAAUUUACUUCAGUUGGCUUUAGAUGAGGCCCCUACUGGGGAUUUUCACUGGUAUCACAUUCUGGCCCUGAGUAAGGACUUCAGCAUUAGAUCUCUAGAGGUUUUCUUUUUCUUAUCCUUUGCAGUCAGAACCAAAGACUAAUCUACAGAAAAUAAAGGCUCUAUCCUGCUCCCUUUGAACCCAGUUGAAUAGCUCCCAUUGACUCCAACUGGAGCAGGAGUGGGCCCAAAAUUAAGGAAAGACAGACACCCAGACAGACUCCAAAAGCUGGUGUGAAGUGCUAUUUGCAUUCCCAGAAGAAACAGGGUGAGUUUGUUGUGUUGUUUUUUCAUUGUCCUUGUCUAUUUAUUCUGAUGUCAUGUUUGGUGCAUAUUUUAUCUACUGGCUGGUUCAGCUGUCACUGGCGGUGAUUACUGCCAAAGGCAGGGUCUGUCUAAUUAAUGUUUUCUGUCUCAUGGGAUGAAUUUAUAUAGCCAUUAAGGAUAAAUAUGGAUGCUGGGUGGCAUUUAGACCCUGGCUUAUACUUCUUCAGACUUAGCCACUAGGGAAGCUUUUGCUGCAUCUGAUUAUGUCAUGAAGUCACCAAAAUGCUCAAACAGGGUAAGUCAGGCUGAACCAUGCCAAGUUUUUAUGGGCUAUCAGCCCAGACAUUCUCUCUCCAGGGAUAUUUAGAAGAUAAACUUUAGCUCCAAGCAGGAUCUUGAGCUAGAAGGCUGAUUUGUCUCCUCUUGCCCUCAGUUGAAUAAGUUUAAAGAAACACUGUCAUGUAGUGCUGUGGUUCUCAAAGCCAGUCCGCUGCUUGUUCAGGGAAAGCCCCUGGCAGGCCAGACCGAUUUGUUUACCUGUCGCAUCUGCAGGUUCGGCCGAUCGCGGCUCCCACUGGCCACAAUUCGCCGCUGCAGGCCAAUGGGGGCUGCAGGAAGGGCAGCCAGCAUGUCCCUUGGCCCACGCCGCUUCCCGCAGCCCCCUUUGGCCUGGAGUGGUCAACCGCGGCCAGUGGGAGCCAUGAUCAGCCAAACUUGCAGGCUUGGCAGGUAAACAAACUGAUCUGGCUCUUCAGGGGUUUUCCCUGAACAAGCGGCGGACCAGCUUUGAGAACCACUGAUGUAGUGUAUACCACAAAUCUGGCCUUCUUUAAAAUGGUUAUAAUCUGGUAGGAGAUUUCAAUCUCUUUAUAAAAUAAUCACAUUUUUUCCACCUGUUAGAGAUGUACAGAAUAUUAACUGGCAAAGAGAAGGUCAGUUGGGUACUUCUGUUUACCUGUCUCAUAAUACAAGAGGACAUCCAGUGAUUGUGAAAGAGUCCAAAGCAAAUAUACUUUACCCAAUGUAUAAUUAAUCCAUGUAACUCACUGCCACAAAAAUUAUUGCAGCCAAGAUCUUAGUAGGGUUCAAAAGAGGAUUAGACAUUUAAUGGAGAAUUAAAACAUGCAAAAUUGUGUUAAGUAGGUUAAAAAUGUAUAAGUUAUAUAAUAAACUGUCAUGCUUAAGGGCAUAAACCAAAGGCCUGUGGUCUGAAUGCCUGUUGUCAGGAAGAAACUUUCCUUAUGGGCAGUAAUUUCAUAGUAGCCCACUAAGUGGUUUCUUCCAUGUAGGCAUCUGAUACUGGGAACUGUCAUAGAUUGGAUACCAGAUUGCCUUAAUAGAUAAUACUGAUUAAUCAUUUAAUGAACAAUGUUCCUAAUUUCCCAGCAGUGAACAAAAAAAAUUCAUUAUUGGUUAUGCUAUGACGAUGCUUUCUGGUUUUCAUCUUUUUAAUAUUUGCAAUUUUUAUGUUUGUUUUUUAGGUAAAUUUAUGGCUAAUUUUCAAGGAGCAAAAAGUUUUAUUUGGUGUUAAAAAUAUGGUUCUGCUUGAGCUAUAGGAAAAAAUCAGACCCUUCCAGAGCUCCACUUUGCUGAGCAUGACUUCUCAGUGACACUGGAAUGCUUGGGGUGUCCAUAAAUAAUUA